AUGGUUACAAAACAUAAUGAAAUCUAUCAGCAAUCCAUUAAUGAAUAUGAAGGCAUUGAUGAUUCAAAUGAUUCUGAUAAACAAGUCAAGUUUUCUGCAUCAUAUAGCGAGCAACAAGUAAAAAAUGCUUGUCUUAAUUUCGUCACCCAACAGUCCCUACCGCUGACGUUUUUUGAUAGUGAUGGUUUUAAGAUUUUGACAGAACAAAUAUUCAAGGGGAUUAAUAUGAAUGCGAUUACGUCGAACAAUAUCAUGUCAUUAGUCAACGAGGAAGAAACAAAAUUAAAAAGACUAAUAAGGAAAAAGUUAACAAACAAGAUAAUAUCGCUCAAAAUGGAUAGCGCUACACGACACGACCGAUCAAUGUUUGGUGUUAAUGCACAAAUAAUAGAUAAAGGAAAAGUUGAAGUUUUUACACUAUCAAUGAAAGAAAUUUGUGUGCCACAGACUGCGGUUAAUCUUAAACUAGAGGUUGAAGAAGUUUUGCGUGAAUUUAAUAUAGCUAAAAAACAAAUAUAUACAAUCACUACAGACAACGGUCGAAAUAUGUUGAAGGCAGUUGAUAUGCUUGCUGAAACAACGCAGGAAGAGACUUAUGCCCAAAAUGACUCUGAAGAAACAUUAUUAAACCUUGAAGAGUUUGAGAAUGAUUUCAUCGCAGAACACAGAAAUAUUUUGUCGGUUAAGUGUGCAGCUCAUACCUUGCAAUUAAUCGUAAAAGACUUUUUAGGCAAAGCAAACAUUAUUUCAGUAGUUGAAAAAGCGAGACAAGUAGUGAAAACUUUAAGAACACCGAAGUGCAGACAAGUCCUACAAAUGCUUAAUCUAGGCAAGCCAUCAUUAGAUGUGCCUACGCGUUGGAGCUCCACAUUUUUAAUGAUACAGAAACUCUUAAAGUACACUGAAUUUUGCAACGAACAGCUACAUCGGCCGUUAACAGAUCAAGAAUGGGGCAAACUUAACGACUUACUAAUAAUUUUAAGCCCUAUUCAUGAAACAACAUUAAAACUACAAGGAGAGCAGCUUGUUAUGGGUGAAUGUUAUAAAGCUUGGUUUGAACUUAAGGUGAAAUUAGAAUCAUUAACCACGGAGUUAUCAACAACUAUACUUGAUUGUAUUAAAGCGAGAGAGCCGAAUUUGCUUAAUGCAGAAGUUCUAAAUGCAGCAAUAUUUUUGGAUCCACGUUUUCGACGAUUGCUUCCACAAAAUAAAAAGGAAGAAGCCAAAAAUCACUUGAAAGUGCUGGCAACGCAAUUGAAUAACUUAAAUCAGGCCGAAAGACAUCCCCCACAAGUGGCGCAGGCCUCUUUAGAGAGUAAUGUGUUUAUUGAUGAAACGUCAAAUAUGAGCGCUUCUUCAUUAGUUCGUCAGACCUUACGAAGCUUAGAAGUUGACUCUUCGUCAGAGGAUGAAACGCCAAGCGUUGGGUCAAAAUUUAUUUUAAAUUCUUUUGCCGAAAUUGACACCUACCGAGAAGGAAGAGUUGACUUCGAUGCCAACCUUUUGGAAUAUUGGGAGGAAAAAAAAUAUACAUUUCCAUUUUUAAAGCAGCUAGCAGAUAUUGUACAUGCUGCUCCAGCAACUGAAGUUAGUGUCGAGCGCGCAUUCUCAGCAUUAAGAUUAGUACUAAGUGAUCUUAGAUGCAACCUUUCACAAGAUUCCUUAAGAUCGCUUAUGUUUGUUAAGUUAAACAAAAAUGUUAAUAAAUGA